AUGUGGGGUCUUCUGUUCGCCCUGGCGGCGUGCGCGCCUACAGUCGGCUUGGGUCUGGGGGCGCCCAGCGCCUCGGUCCUGGACCUUUCGCCGCCCGCCACCACUGAGUCCUCGGUCUCGACCCCGGCCCCGCGAAGCAGCCCGGCACAGCCACCCGAGGAGAAAAAGAACGGGACCACAGGACAGCGUGUCCGGAUUCGCAUCGUCAAGAAGACAAGGGUUGUCACGAAAGUGAAAAAGAAGAUAACUCACCCCAGACCCCCGGUGACCACCACCCCUGCAAUGACUCUUAACCUCCCUAAGGAGCAAACACCAGACUGUCCCCCUUUGGGCUUGGAGUCCCUGCGAGUUUCAGAUGGCCAGCUUGAGGCGUCCAGCAGCCAGUCCUCUGGUCUUGGACCACACCGAGGACGACUCAACAUCCAGUCAGGCCUGGAGGAUGGUGAUCUAUAUGAUGGGGCCUGGUGUGCUGAGCAGCAGGAUACUGAGCCGUGGUUUCAGGUGGAUGCUGGGUACCCUACUCGCUUCUCAGGCGUUAUCACACAGGGCAGGAACUCCAUCUGGAGGUAUGACUGGGUCACGUCAUAUAAGGUCCAGUUCAGCAAUGACAGUCGGAGCUGGUGGGCAAGCAGGAACCACAGCAGUGGGAUGGAGGCGGUAUUUCCAGCCAAUUCGGACCUGGAAACCCCAGUGCUGAACCUCCUGCCAGAGCCCCAGGUGGCCCGCUACAUUCGCCUGCUGCCCCAAACCUGGCUCCAGGGAGGCGCGUCCUGCCUCCGGGCAGAGAUCCUGGCCUGCCCGGUCUCAGAUCCUAAUGGCCUGUUCCCUGAGGCCCCUGCACCGGCAUCCUCUGAUCCCCUGGAUUUUCGGCAUCAUGAUUAUAAGGGCAUGAGGAAGCUGAUGAAACAGGUGAACGAGCAGUGCCCCAACAUCACCCGCAUCUACAGCAUCGGGAAGAGCCACCAGGGCCUGAAGCUAUAUGUGAUGGAAAUGUCGGACAAUCCUGGGGAGCAUGAGCUGGGAGAGCCCGAGGUGCGCUACGUGGCCGGCAUGCACGGGAACGAGGCCCUGGGGCGGGAGUUGCUUCUGCUGCUAAUGCAGUACUUGUGCCAUGAGUUCCGGCGAGGGAACCCACGGGUGACCCGGCUGCUCACGGAGAUGCGCCUUCACCUGCUGCCCUCCAUGAACCCUGAUGGCUAUGAGAUCGCCUACCGCCGGGGCUCAGAGCUGGUGGGCUGGGUAGAGGGCCGCUGGAACUACCAAGGCAUUGACCUUAACCACAAUUUUGCUGACCUCAACACACCACUGUGGGAAGCAGAGGAUAAUAGGUUGGUGCCCCACACCAUCCCCAACCAUCACCUGCCACUGCCUACUUACUACACCCUGCCCAAUGCCACUGUUGCCCCUGAAACAUGGGCAGUGAUUGAGUGGAUGAAGCGGAUACCCUUUGUGCUGAGUGCCAACCUCCACGGGGGUGAGCUCGUGGUGUCCUACCCAUUUGAUAUGACUCGGACCCCAUGGGCUGCCCGCGAACUCACACCCACUCCCGAUGAUGCUAUGUUUCGCUGGCUCAGCACCGUCUACGCUGGCAGUAAUCGGGCCAUGCAGGACACGGACCGUCGCGUCUGCCACAACCAAGACUUCUCCUUGAACGGCAACAUCAUCAAUGGGGCUGACUGGCACACUGUCCCUGGGAGUAUGAAUGACUUCAGCUACCUACACACCAACUGCUUUGAGAUCACUGUAGAACUGUCCUGUGACAAGUUCCCUCAUGAGAGUGAGCUGCCCCAGGAAUGGGAGAACAAUAAAGAUGCCCUCCUCACCUACCUGGAACAGGUGCGCAUGGGCAUUGCGGGAGUUGUGUCGGACAAGGACACGGAACUUGGAAUUGCUGACGCUGUCAUUGCUGUGGAUGGGAUUAACCAUGAUGUAACAACGGGGUGGCGAGGGGAUUACUGGAGGCUGCUGACUCCAGGGGACUAUGUGGUGACUGCCAGUGCCGAGGGCUACCAUUCAAUGACAAGGAGCUGUCGGGUCACUUUUGAAGAGGGCCCUUUCCCCUGCAAUUUCUACCUCACCAAGACACCCAAACAGAGACUGCGAGAGCUGCUGGCAGCAGGGGCCAAGGUGCCCCCAGACCUUCGGAGGCGGCUGGAGCAGCUGAGGAAGCUGAAGGAUUAGAACAGAAGACUUCUCCAGCUGAGAACCCCUAAAGCCUUGGGCAGGCUGGACCUGUCCAGAACUGAAGGAGAGGGUAGAUAGUGAUGAGGGAGGG